CUACGGAGGCUGUGAUUGGGCCGUUUUACUGUCAAUUUCGCUGGAUGUUUAUGGCGGGCGGGAAGUAAACCUUCAUAACAUGUCGUUGUGCGUCAUCUUAAUGUAAAAUAACACGCAUGCUUGUGUUAAUGGACUUUUAAACAUAUGAUAUAGAUAGUCAUGGUGCUCUUAAGAGAAGGUAUCUGCCCUGGAUUAACUGAGGACUUCAUCAAAACUUUACUGUCAGAAGACAUCAGAACAGUUGAAGACUUUGUGUCUCAUAACCCAGAGGAACUUGCACAAAAGUGCUCAUUGUCCUACAAGGCUCUGGUUGCUGUCCGGCGUGUGCUUUUAGCUCAGUACACCGCUUUCCCCGUCUCUGGAGCCGAUCUUUAUGAAGAGCUGUUGAGCUCCACUGCAAUUCUGUCCACCGGCAGUCCCAGUUUGGAUAAGCUGUUAGACUCUGGGCUGUACACAGGGGAAAUAACAGAGCUUACAGGAAGUCCGGGCAGUGGGAAAACACAGGUGUGUUUUAGUGUUGCUGUUAAUAUAGCCCACCAGCUGAAGCAGACUGUGUUUUACAUCGACACAAAGGGCGGUGUGUGUGCGAACCGGAUGCUUCAGAUGCUGCAAACCAGGACUUCUAAUGUAGAAGAGCAGAUGGAGGCUCUUCAAAAAAUCAAGGUAUUCAAAGCAUUUGACGUCUUCUCCUUGCUUGAAUGUCUUCAACACCUUCGAUUUAACGGCCUUCAGAAGGCAUCUGUUGGAGGAGGUUCAGUCAAGGCUCUGAUGGUGGAUUCGGUCUCGGCAGUGCUCUCGUGCAUGCUCGGAGGAAAACAGAAUGAGGGUAUGUCCCUGCUGAUGCAAGUUGCGGGGGAGUUGAAGAUGAUUGCAAAAGACUUCAACAUCGCUGUAGUGGUGACAAACCAUGCGACCCAAGAUGGAAACGGAUGUUUGAAAGCAGGGCUAGGACUGUCAUGGAGCCACGUUCCACGCACACGUGUACUCCUCCAAAGAGCGGAUAAUUCAGAACCUUCAUCUUCUAGCUUACGAACCGCAACUCUUAUCAAAUCAUCACGACAGUCUUGUAAUCUAUCAGAAGAGUUUGAUCUUUGCAGCUGGGCUGAAGAGACGACAUCAGUGUCAGGAAAGCGAAAACUAGAAAGCAGCUAAAAAUAUGUAUGAAUAUUUAAAAUUAGUGUAAAUAUGUUUCAAACAGUUUCUAAGUUUUGUACAUACCAAGUCAUGUUUGUCUGUUUUUGAAUGAACAAACUGAUUCUCCUGUAUUUUCAUGUACUUUAAUGGUCAAAUAUGUUUUAUUAAAAAUGUUACAUAAUGUUGGCACCUGA